CUUAAGGAUUGAGUGGAGUGUAGAAAGGCAGGCCUGGUAAGGAGAGGCCAGUCAGAGCUUCAGACAACUCUUCCAUCAGGGAAGCAAGAAGCAAGGUGGCCACAAUGGGGGCCAGGAUGCCCUUCUUUCUCUUCUUGACUCUCCUGGGCAGCUCACAGGGAACAGGGCCAGGAAUGAUUUUGCAGCUGAAGCUGAAGGACUCCUUUCUAGCAAAUUUCUCCUAUGACUCCAACUUUCUGGAAUUGCUCGAAAAGCUCUGCUUCCUCCUCCAUCUCCCAUCGGGGACCAAUGUCACCCUCCAUCAUUCAGGAUCCCCACUCCACGUCACCUGCAGUCUGAGAAUAGUCGAAACCUGUGUACCUCCCUUGGCCCAGGCAUUUGGCCACCAAGGUGGGACUGCAUAGGAGGAAGGCUGGGCAGGAAUGUCAGCAUCUCAAGGACACCCAGUGACACCGACCAAGCCAAUCUGUUUCCCCAUUUAUGAAAUUC